AUGCCAGAGACUGACCUUCAGUCCAAUGCCCUCGGAUCUGCCGCGGCAGGAAUUUUCAGCCGGUGUCUCACACAUCCGUUGGAUACCGCCAAGGCACGACUGCAGGCUCUGCCAAUAAGUCAUGGCCCAACACAAUCUUCCAAAUGUCGAGGAGGAACCAGCGGAACCUAUAGUGUUUUGCGAACCAUGGCUCGAAGCGAAGGCAUGGCUAGUUGGUAUCGAGGAUUUGGUGCUGUGUUGGUGGGUGGGACGCCUGGUACGAUACUCUAUCUUUGCAGCUAUGAUAUCAUCAAGAACCAACUGAACAAAGUGCUGAAUGGCGAGACAACUACCUCGAACAAUACAAGAAGCAGUCAACAAGAUAGCUUUGCCGUGUACCUUGCGUCGGGCAUGCUUGCCGAAGCAAUUGCAUGCACCAUUUAUGUUCCUGUGGACGUGGUCAAGGAGCGGAUGCAAGUGCAAUCUUCUAGUAGCAGCAGUAUUAGAAGUACCAAUCGCCUUGCAUACAAAUCGAGUUGGGAUGCUCUCGUCACAAUUGGCAAACAAGAAGGACUUUCGGGGAUCUACAAGGGCUACGGUGCAACAAUGACUAGUUUUGGACCAUUUUCAGCAUUAUAUUUCGUCUUUUACGAAGACUUGAAGAGUCGAUCGAGGAAGUACAACAAUCAAUCCAACGAAAUCAAUUCUGCGGGAUCGAAAAAGGGAGACGACUUGCCCAUGCCUUGGAUCGUUGGCAGCAGUGCCACAGCAGGGGCUUUGGCUUCUUUCAUUACUUCUCCUUUGGACAUGGCAAAGCUUCGGUUGCAAAUACAGCGGGGUUCAGCUGCAAGCAUGACUUCUACUUCUAGUACAGAAGCCAUCAAUAUGGUUCGAUAUCGAAGUAUGCGGGACUGUCUUUCUCAAGUAUUCCAACGAGAAGGAAUACAGGGCUUGUUUCGAGGAGCUGGAGCUCGAGUCUUGCAUUUUGUGCCAGCGACCACUGUCACCAUGACAUGCUACGAAUCAUGCCGAUCUUUCUUUUACAAACGACUGAACCCUUGA